CAGCAGCAGCAGCAGCAGCAGCAGCAGCAGCAGCAGCUGCAGCAGACACUAGUUUUGCACCCCUUCUUGUCCUCUGCUGCUGCACCGAUGCAACAGAGCAACGCGCAGCAAGGGCUGCUGCGGUCCCGCGGCAGCUUGCUGCUGCUGCUGCUGCUGCUGCUGCUGCUGCUGCAGCCCGGCAGCUGCAGCGAAGACCCCACAGAGGAAGGCGACCUUCUCGCAGCUGCCCCUGACGAGCUGGAGCGCAGCAAGCGGUCCUCGAGGGAAGCAGCAGCAGCAGCAGCAGCAGCAGCAGCAGCAGCAGCAGCAGCGACGCGGCGCGGGCUGCGGAUGACGCGGCGGCGGCGGCAGCAGCGGCAGCAGCGGCAGCAGCGGCAGCAGCAGCAGCAGCAGCAAGAGCUGGAGGAAGGGGCCCGCGUGGACCUGCUGCAGCUGCUGUGGGACCCGCUGACUGACACGGCGGAGCAGCAGCAACUCUUCAGCAGCAGCGCAGCAGCAGAAAGUCCCGUGCUGCUGCAGCCGCAGCAGCAGCCCUUCAUCCAGGGCCUCAGCUUAACUUGGCAGGAAGCAGCAGCAGCAAAUAAGGAGCUGCUGUCUCGCUUUUCCCCCAUGCAGGCCCCCGAGUUCGCCACCCCUGCAGCGCCUGCUGCUGCCCAGCAGCAGCAGCAGCAGCAGCAGCAGCAGCAGCAGCAGCAGCAGCAGCUGCCCCUCGCCCUUAUAGGCCGCCAAGACCCCACCACUCCUUACUACUGGGUCCCCAUGGCCCAGCGCCAGGCCCCAAGUUGGUGGCGAACACCUCUUUCCCGGGGGCCCCCCGGGGCCCCCCUCGGGGGCCCCCCUGGGGGCCCCCCUGGGGGCCCCCCUGGGGGCCCCUCUGGGGGCCCCUCUGGGGGCCCCCCAGGGGGCCCCCCUGGGGAUUUCCCUGGGGCCCCCGCUGGGGCCCUUCCUGAGGGCGCCCCUGGGGCCCCCUCUGGGGCCCCCUCUGGGGGCCCCCCUGGGGGCCCCCCCGGGGCCCCCCCCGAAGAGUGGGGCCCCCCCGGGGGCCCCCCAGGGGGCCCCGCAGGGCCCCCCGCCCCCCCGGGGGCCCCCC